AUGUUGGGUUGUGAUGGAGGAGAAACCACGGGGCAGAGGAGUGCGUUUGAGACGGGAGGCGUAACCUUCAACAGUCAGAGGGAGAACGGCCUCAGUGAGGUCGUCCCUCCCUCAGAGGAAGAUACGCCCACAGAGGAUGGUGAUGAUCAUGUGACGCUGUGUGAUGCUGUUGGCUCAUUGGUGGCACAGCGCCGCCCUGAUGAACGCAGUGAGGAUUUAGGGCGUCUCAGUCUGGAGAACGCGGACUACCGAGUGAACAUCUUCCUCCGUCAGCAGUGGAAUGAUCCCAGGCUGGCGUAUUCCGAAUACCCCGACGACUCUCUGGACCUGGAUCCCUCUAUGUUAGACUCCAUAUGGAAACCGGAUCUGUUCUUCGCUAACGAGAAGGGAGCCCACUUCCACGAAGUCACCACAGACAACAAACUGCUCAGGAUAUUCAAGAACGGCAAUGUUUUGUACUCUAUAAGGCUCGCACCAGCACGUACCAGCUGCUUGCUGCGCUCGCCGAAGAGCCCCGCAGCGCUGCGACCGCACGCGUUUGUACGCGGCUUCCGCUCUGCCUUCACCCGCACAGAAGAAGAGGCCACUGAAGCCGAAUUCGGGUACACCAUGAACGACCUGAUCUUUGAGUGGCAGGAGAACGGACCUGUUCAAGUGGCCGAGGGCCUCACGCUCCCACAGUUCAUCCUCAAAGAUGAAUCAUCCCUGCUCAUCGUCAUCCUGUCCUGGGUCUCCUUCUGGAUCAACAUGGACGCCGCACCGGCCCGCGUGGCCCUGGGCAUCACCACCGUCCUCACCAUGACGACGCAGAGCUCAGGCUCCAGGACCUCACUGCCUAAGGCGGUCCUCAGCCGCCGCUGCGUCCAGCAGAGGUGA